AUGCAUACAGGGGAGAAAUCUUUUGAAUGCCUUGAUUGUGGAAAAAGUUUUAGUCAGAAUGACAGCCUGUUGACUCACCAGAUGACUUGUAUUAGGAAGAAAUGGUAUGAAUGUCCUGAUUGUGGGAAAAGUUUCAGACAGAAUUCCAACCUGGUUAUACACCAGAGGACCCACAACAACAGGACUCACACAGGAGAGAAACACUUUGAAUGUGUUGAUUAUCGGAAAUGUUUCACUGGAAAUUCCUACUUUGGGAGUCACCAGAGGACUCACACAGGAGAGAAACCCUCUGAAUGUCCUGAUUGUGGGAAUAGUUUCAGCGAGAAUUCCCACCUAGUCAUACGUCAGAGGACUUAUACAAGAGAGAAUCUUUUUGAAUAUCCUUAUUGUGGUAAAGAUUUCAGUUACAAUUCCAGCCUGUUGACACACCAGAGGACUCACACAGGAGAGAAACCCUUUAAAUGUCCGGAUUGUGGGAAAAGUUUCAGUGAGAAUUCCAGCCUGGUGAAACACCAGAGGAUUCACACAGGAGAGAAACCAUUUGAAUGUACUGAUUGUGGUAAAUAACAAUUGUGGUAAUAACAAUUCCAGCCUGGUGAGACA